AUGAGGAUGAAUUUCGGGCUGACUGUUCGGUCAGCACAAGGCCGCUGGUCCCUGAACCCCUAUCAUCGGCGCACGCAUGGAUCUAUUGGGUUAUUCGUGCCUCCAAGUCCUCCACUGGACCCAGAGAAGGUUAAAGAAUUGCAGCGCUUCAUCACCCUUUCCAAGAGGGUCCUCGUAAUUACCGGGGCCGGCAUAUCCACAGAGUCGGGGAUCCCAGAUUACCGAUCAGAGGGGGUGGGACUUUAUGCCCGCACGGACCGCAGGCCCAUCCAGCACCGGGACUUUGUGAGGAGUGCGCAGAUUCGCCAACGCUACUGGGCGAGAAACUUUGUGGGCUGGCCGCAGUUCUCCUCCCACCAGCCUAACCCUGCACACUGGGCGCUAAGCUACUGGGAGCGACUGGGAAAGCUGUACUGGCUGGUGACCCAGAAUGUGGACGCCUUGCACACUAAGGCGGGGAGUCGGCGCCUGACGGAGCUCCAUGGAUGCAUGCACAGAGUCCUCUGCUUGACUUGUGGUGAGCAGACUGCCCGUGGACAGCUGCAGGACCGUUUUGAAGGGCUGAACCCCACCUGGAGUGCAGAGGCCCACGGCCUGGCUCCUGAUGGUGAUGUAUUCCUCACAGAGGGGCAGGUUCGAAGCUUCCAGGUCCCGUCCUGUGCCCGGUGUGGAGGUCCUCUGAAACCAGAUGUCGUCUUCUUCGGGGACACAGUGAACCCUGACAAGGUUGACUUUGUGCACAAACGGGUCAAAGAAGCUGACGCCCUCUUGGUGGUGGGAUCGUCUUUGCAGGUGUACUCUGGUUAUAGGUUUAUCCUUACCGCCCAAGAGAAGAAGUUGCCAAUUGCUAUACUGAACAUUGGGCCAACACGGUCAGACCACUUGGCAUGUCUGAAACUGGAUUCUCGCUGUGGAGAAUUGCUGCCUUUGAUAGACCCACACUGA